AUGGGUGUCCCCAAAAUCUUUUCCCUUUGCAUACCUCUCAUACUAAUCUCUUCCGCUACUACAGCCUCAUCCGGCAUAAAAGGUGCGUACUGGCCUUCAUCUUCACCACUUCCACCAUCAGCCAUACCCACUUCCUACUUCACCCACUUAUUCUACGCCUUCCUCCAACUCGACCCCACAACUUUCCAGCUCCUCCUCACCCCGCCCGACCACCUCCUCAUGCCGGCCUUCACCUCCUCCGUCUCCCCCGCCAAGGCCAUCCUCUCCAUCGGCGGCCAAGCCGCGGACUCCCGAAUCUUCUCCAGCAUGUCCCGCAGCCCCGACAACCGGGCCGCAUUCAUCCAGUCCUCCAUCCGCACAGCAAGAGCCUAUAGUUUCGACGGCCUCGACCUCGACUGGGAGCACCCGGCCGACCCCGGGCAGAUGGCCGACCUCGCGUCCCUCUACCGGGAGUGGCGCGAGGCCGUCCAUCAGGACUCGCUAGCCUCGGCCAGGCCUCCCCUGCUAAUUUCCAGCGCUGUCUACUUCGCGUCCAGCUUCUUUCUCCCGGGUGACGUCCCGCGGACGUAUCCCGCGGACGCUAUCGGACGGUACGUCGACUUUGUGAGCCCCAUGUGCUACGACUACGCCGGCGCGUGGCAGCCGAACUUCACCGGGGCCCACGCGUUGCUCUACGACGGGAGCAGCAACGUGAGCACGAGCUACGGGAUCGGCACGUGGAAGGGGAGCGGCGUUGCGGCGGAGAAGAUAGUGAUGGGGAUGCCGGCUUAUGGAAGGGCGUGGACGCUCGAGGAUCCGGGGAUGCACGGGAUCGGAGCUCCGGCGGCUGGAAUCUGGCAGCAGGAGACUCUUGGAGUGAUGAAUUAUUCGGGUAUAGUGGAGUUUAAUGAGGAGAGUAAUGCCACGGUGGUUUUCGACAACGACACCGUUUCGGCGUACUCGUAUGCGGGGACGGAUUGGGUGGGAUACGACGAUGCUAUUUCUGUUGAAUACAAGGUCAAAUUCGCAAAGGCCCAGGGGCUUGGGGGCUACUUUUUCUGGGCGCUUGGCUUUGAUAGCCACUGGGAACUUGCUAAAGCAGCUUCGACAGCAUGGGAUUGUAAUUGAUGAUUGAUUCCGCAUCAGCCUCCAGGAUGAUUCAAUAUUUCCCAUUCAUAAAUAUAUAACUA